UGUUUAUGUCCCGGGAAGGGAAAAUAGGUCAGAGCGCCGCGGGGCCGGGCCGGGCAGCCUACCUGUCGGGGGGCAGCAUGGCACGGCGCCCGCGGAGCAGCCGGGCCUGGCACUUCGUGCUGAGCGGGGUGCGGCGCGAGGCCGGCGCGCGGGGCUGGGGCUACGACUCCGACGGGCAGCAGCACAGCGACUCGGAUUCGGAGCCAGAGUUUUCCUCCGUGUCUCCCUCCAUCCCGAGCGCCAUCCCUGUGACUGGAGAGUCCUACUGCAACUGUGAGAACCAGAGUGAAGCUCCCUACUGCUCCAGCCUGCACGCGCUGCACCGCGUCCGCGACUGCCGCUGCGGCGAGGAGGACGAGUAUUUUGACUGGGUGUGGGAUGACCUGAACAAGUCCACGGCCACGCUGCUGACGUGUGACAACCGCAAGGUGAACUUCCACAUGGAGUACAGCUGUGGCACGGCCGCCAUCCGCGGCAACAAGGAGCUGGCGGAGGGGCAGCACUUCUGGGAGAUCAAAAUGACCUCCCCGGUGUAUGGCACUGACAUGAUGGUGGGGAUUGGGACGUCGGACGUGAACCUGGACAAGUACCGCCACACCUUCUGCAGCCUGCUGGGCAAGGACGAGGACAGCUGGGGACUGUCCUACACAGGACUGCUGCAUCACAAGGGCGACAAAACAAACUUCUCCUCGAGGUUUGGCCAAGGCUCCAUUAUUGGGGUGCAUCUGGACACGUGGCACGGGACACUCACCUUCUUCAAGAACCGCAAGUGCAUAGGGGUGGCAGCCACAAAGCUGCAGAACAAGAAGUUUUACCCCAUGGUGUGCUCCACGGCAGCCAAGAGCAGCAUGAAGGUGAUCCGGUCGUGCGCCAGCCGCACGUCCCUGCAGUACCUGUGCUGCUUCCGCCUGCGCCAGCUCCUGCCCCACUACGUGGACACGCUGGAGGUGCUGCCCCUGCCCCCAGGACUCAAGCAGGUGCUGCACAACAAACUGGGCUGGGUGUUGAGCAUGAACUAUAGCACGUCAAAGCCGUCCUCCUCCUCGGGGAGCGACUCGGACAGCUCGUGCGGCUCGGAUGCGGAGGCCUGCCAAAGGAAGAGGUGCAGGAGGACAUAAUGGCUCUGCACGCCACGUGGGUGGGGUUUGUUGUGUUGGCAGUCAAGCCUGAUGCACCUCUUCCUUCUGGGAACAUCCAUUUCUAUGUGUUGGCAAAGAUUUCUCCAGUGCUGUGGAAAUCUUUGGCCUCGACGUCCAUCACAGGCAUUUAGAAGAGUUGCUGGCUCCAAGAGAUGCCAGUUCUGACACAAGAAAUUUGUGUUGAAAUAUCUGAGCUUCAUCUCCUGACUUGCUAUGGAAGCACCUCUUCCUGAAGGAAGCACCUGUUCCUGAAAGAUCUCUCUUCUCCCUGUUGACACAGACAACGUUUAAGGAAUUUGACUUGAUGACAGGAGUUGGAUUUGAUAAUCUUCAUGGCUCUGUUCCAACUCAGGAUGUUUUGUGAUGAUUAAGGCGACCUCCUGUUCGGAGUGUACUGGAUUCCUGUCAGGUAGCAGACCUGACUCAUUGAGACACAAUCCCAGGCCAGUGCUCUCCUCUCCUCUGCUCUCUGUGUGUGUAGUUUUGGUGUCUGCCAUGAGCUCGUCCCGCUCUGGGGCACGACGGAGCAGCAGCUGCAGGGAAGGGCCCCCGAGGCACUGCUGGGAGCAGGGGCAGGAGCUGAGCUGUGGGUGGUCUUCCUCCAGCCCCUGGGGACUUCAAAUUGCUUUGCAUGUUGGUUCCUGCUGCUUCUCCUCUGUCCAAGACUGUGUUAAACUGUAAUAAUAAAAGUAGAAGCUGUCUGUUGUUGUUGUUAGGGCCCUUGAAGGCAGGAGGCUGCAGGUGCUUGUCAAAAAUAGGCUGGGCAGCAGCGUGGAGGGGAGGUUUUGGCUGCAGCAGUUGUGUGUCAGAGCUGGAGGAGGUGAAGGCAGCAGAGAUGCCCUUGUCUCUGCCCUGUGCAGGGCUCUUGUGCUUCCCACUGCAGCAGAAGCGUGGCUGGGUGAUGUUCAGUGGAGCCAGGCUAAUGCCCGUGGCUGUGCACUGGAAGGGAGCUGCAGGGUUUAUAGUGCCUGUGCUCUGGCAGGUCACACUGGGACAAACACCCCAAACCCCCACCCCAGAGCCUGGCAACAGAGCAGCCCUUCCAAGACUUUGUGGUCUUUCUGAGGGGAAAUGCUGGAUUAAGAUCUGGACAAGUGACUCAUUGUGCAGUGGCCUCAUGCCACUGCCAGGGAAUGGGCUCUGUGCUCCCACAGGACUGGUGCCAACCCAGGCCAGUCCCUGCAGGGCCUGUGCUCAGCCCAUGGGGCUUCUCCCCAGGCUUGAGCUCUCCUCUGGUGGAUAGCUGAGGAGUCAAGGCUGAGCUGGUGCUGUCAGCCUUGCAGAGGGCAUUGAAAAGUGGAACAGGGCUGAGGUAUGGAUGGGAAAUGGCUUUUAAGCAGUUCUCUCUAUGGGUUUUCUCCCUGUUCCAGCUGCUGCCUUUUCCUCUGCUCCCAUCACAGACCCCCACAGGCUCAGGUAAAACUUCUUGCACCAUGUGCACCGAAUUCAUUCCCAAAUCCUGAGGCCAAGAUGGCUCUUGCUGCUCUGGGGCCAGGCUUUG